AUGGGCGAUAUACCGUACGAUUACCGUUGGAAAGUGGUACUCCUGGGUGACUCGACGGUUGGAAAGUCAAAUAUCGCGAGUCAAUUCAUGCAAGGCGAAUUCCAGCCUGACUCUAGCCCAACAAUUGGCGUGAAGCCCACCACGAAAAUCGUGCAAUGCAACUCCAAGGCCGUCAAAGUCAAUAUCUGGGACACAGCUGGCCUUGAGAAAUAUCGGGCGCCAGUAGUUUAUUACAAUGAUGCCGUGGCUGUAAUGCUAGUCUACGACAUUACCAAGCGCCAGAGUUUUGAGAAUGCAGCACGCUGGUUGGACGAGGCUCGAAGGCAUGGUGAACCUGGGAUUGUUUUUAUGCUCGUGGGGAAUAAAACAGACUUGGAGCGUAGAAGGUCGGUGACGACGGAGGAAGGGAAGAAGUUUGCGAAACUCAACAAACUUAUGUUUAUCGAAACAUCCGCUUGCGAAAACAGUCAAGUUGACCUUGCUUUUCAGAGAAUAUUGAACGGCGUCUACAAGCAGAACUGCCAGGAGAAAUAA